UGGACUCCUCCGCCGGACAUUUGCUGGCCCAUUUUGGUCUGGCGGCUCAUCGUGGGCAUCUCCACCAUCCACUCUCCACAACUGCUGGCUAAAAUGCUCUAAGCUCCUCCGAUCAGCGCAGGGAGUCUAAUCUUGGUCCAAUCUUCGAGUGAAAAAAAUGACGAACAUGUGGGGCAAACUGCUGCUGAAGUUCUUCAAGUAUGCGCCCAGCUAUGUGGUCUGCCUGAGUUUCCUGCCUUGUGGAAUGAUCUUUGGCUAUACGAUCUGUGCCUUUGUGGCGGAGAGGAAUCUAAGUGCGGGAUUGAUUUACUAUGGUCCUCUGAUUUUGGGAGCCUGCUGGGCGGUAAUCACUGCCCUUUCCAUGUUGGCGGUGAAGCUCGUGAAGAAGUGCAUCGUCUACUGGCAGCCAUGGUUGCUUCUCUCCGCCGGAGUCUUCAAUCUGAUUGCCAGCUGUUUCUACUUUGCCGAUGGAUUUGAUCACGUGGGAGCCUACAUCUCGUACGUGGCGCACAGCACGACCUUCGUGGCGGGUUACAGUUUCCUGCACACGAUUAGCUCCAAGGAGAGUCGUGCCCUGGUGAUCUCCGCCAGCUGCAGCUGCUACCUACUGGGUGUGGCAUCCGCGGUCAGUCUUAUUGUGGCCUCCUACAGCCGGAACGUAGAUCAGUUGGCGGGUCAAACGGCGACAACGGAGCAACUGAUCGAUGGCAUCUACGUGAACUUCGCUGGCACUUACUUGAGUGUGGCAGCUGUAAUGCUGGCCAUUCUGAUUGGCCAGAAGGUGCUCCACUUCCUCGGGAACGUGGAUCUGGUGAAUAGCUUGGACAACGAUCUGCGGAUUGCCAAUUCGAAUGGCAGCAUUUUCGAGAAGAGAUCGGAGGUGAUCAAGCGACUGCAGUUCUUCUAUGUGACCAAAAACCAGCAGUGGAACAUGAUGUUGCUCCUCCUCUUCACGGAAGCCGUUCAGUUUGCCUUGUUCGUCUAUUUUGUCUACUGGUUCGCCUUGAAUCCCGCCAUUCGGCUGACCCAGUUCUCUGGCAUCGAUGCCAUGUUCUGGGCGAUCUUCGGCGGGAGUCUGCUGGCCCUGAUUCCCCAGUGGUUCCUCUCGGUGAAGGUCACCUUUGUGGGCUCACAGGUGGCCCUCUUGUUCUUCACCCUGCUGGCCAUGAUCCUCUGCAGCGUCACGGAAUCCAGGUGGUCACUUUGGCUGCUCCUCGUGCUCUUUGGACUCGCCUACUCCAGUCAGCAGAUCCUUCUGCUGGAGGUCACCCACCUGCGGUUCACCGAGUGCAUCAUUUGCGUCUCCUAUGUCCUCAAACUGGUCUGCACCAGCAUCGUUUACUUCUACUUUGUGGCGGAUGACAAGAAUUCCUACUUCUAUGCCACCGAUUCGAGCACUCUGAUGGCCCAGGGAUUCGUCUUCUUGAUCAUCACCGCGCUCUUGGCUUUGGUGGUUGGCAUGAAGGUGCCGCGGACCCAUCGAGCUCAUCUGCUGGAGAUCCAGUACGAGGUGUACGGCAUUAUCUUCAUGAAGCACCAGAUCGAGCAGCUCAACGUUCGCUGGCUGAACGACGGCACCAUUCCCACCAUCAAUCAGUAGUCGGGAUAUCAUCACAAAUGUUUCGGAUUUAGGAGUAUCCUCUCUUCUGUGGCAGUUCCGAUUUAAUCGCACACUUUUUAUUUUAAUCAUAAAUACUCAGUAUUUAAUUAACCGAAAAUAAAAUGAAUUUUCAAACGAAA